AUGUCUUCAGGCAGCUGCUGGUGUGGUAACAUCAAAUACGAGUUCGACGGGGACUCUAAGCACGUUAUAUUGUGUCACUGCCUAACCUGCCAAAAGAUAUCCGGCGCGACUAAUACGGCGAACAUUCCCGUCGCGCGAGACAAAUUGACGGUCACUUCUGGGUCUCCCAAAUCUCAUACCGAAAAACACGAAGAUGGGUUCAACCUGACCAAAUUCUUCUGUGGAGACUGCGGUACCACUCUCUACAAGCAAGCUGAUGCUGAUAUGUUUGCGACUGUCUCUUUGGUCCAAGCGGGAACUUUGGAUGGUCCUGCCAAGGACAAGAUCAGCCAACCUUCAGCGGAGUUAAACGUAAAAGUGAGGCAACCUUGGCUGGCGGAAGUUGGUGCCGCUGCUCAAAAGCAAGGAUUUGUAUAA